GCACCUCAUCCUCACUGGCAUUGAGGUCAGAGCAGAGGAAGGAGAGAGAAUCAGUGUGAGAGCUUUUACCUGGAAAUGUAUGCGUUGUUGCUACAUAGUUUGUGACUUUUAUACUUUCCAUUGGGGUAAAUUCGUUUUAGCCUAGUCGGACUGAUCGUAGACCAUAUUCCCACAUUGCGCAGUGGAGAUGGCGAGUGUUCCGGACGCAGUUGUUCUUCACGAUGGGAAGACUGGAGUCAAGGAGCAAAUGGGACCUGAGGACUGCAGCGAGAUGGCGAUGGAAGCUCCGUGUCGGGCUGGAGAUGAGAAGGCUGACCGGUGGCGGUCUCUGGGAAUCGUAUGGAAAAACGUUAUCCUCAUGGCCUUUCUGCACAUCGGGGCGGUGUAUUCCAUCCUUGUUAUCCCCAGAGCGAAGCCCCUUACCUGGGUCUGGUCCUACGUGUGUUUCAUCGUCACAGCCCUGGGGGUGACAGCAGGGGCCCAUCGGCUGUGGAGCCACCGCUCCUACAGGGCCAAGCUUCCUCUCAGAGUCUUCCUCGCAGCCGCCAACUCCAUGGCCUUCCAGAAUGAUAUCUAUGAGUGGGCAAGAGACCACCGUGUGCAUCACAAGUUCUCAGAGACAGAUGCAGACCCCCACAAUGCAACGCGAGGCUUUUUCUUCGCUCACAUUGGCUGGCUGUUUGUGCGUAAACACCGCGAUGUCACCGAGAAGGGAAGAAAGCUGGACGUCACUGAUCUCUUGGCUGACCCCGUGGUCCAGUUCCAGAGAAGGUAUUAUAAAACCUCAGUCCUGAUCAUGUGCUUCCUCGUUCCCACUGUGGUUCCCUGGUACUUUUGGGGUGAGACACUGUGGAACUCCUACUUCAUGGCAUCCAUCUUGCGUUACACGGUCUCGCUCAACGUCACCUGGCUGGUGAACAGCGCCGCCCACAUGUACGGGAACCGGCCGUACGACCAGAACAUCAGCCCCCGCGAGAACCGCUGGGUCACCUUCGGAGCCAUCGGUGAGGGUUUCCAUAACUUCCACCACACAUUCCCCUUUGACUACUCUACCAGUGAGUUCGGCCUGCGCUUCAACCCCACCACCUGUUUUAUCGAUCUCAUGUGCUGGAUGGGCCUGGCCAGCAACCGCAAGAAAGCCUCCGUGGAAACAAUACAGUCCAGGAAACUGAGGACAGGGGAUGGGAGCUACGGAGCGGUCAACAGCACACAAGAUAAAGAAGGAUGAGUGGUGGUUCUCACUGAACCAAGUCGUGGUUGAGAAGUCCAUGGUGAGACGUCAAUAUAUUCUUAGACCGCCACUGCAUUACGGUUUCUCAUUUGAUUGAUUGAUUUAUUUUGGGCUCAUUGAGAUUUAAAAUCUCAUUUUCAAGAGCGUCCUGGCCAAGAUAGGCAGUGCCAAGUCAUUACAAAAAUUACAGACAAACAACAUGAAAAACUACAAGUAAUCUAGUAAAAACCAUACAGUUCACAAGAGUAUAACAACAUUAAAAACUGCAAAUUAAAAACAUUGACAGGUCAGGGAAUCCGUCUCAAGAUCAUUCAUCAGUAACUUAAAAAUACCCAUCGGGACAAGUUCUUCCAGUUUAAAAGUAUUUUGUAAGGCGUUCCAAGACGUUUGCGCAGCGGACAUAAAAGCCCUUUUACCAAAUUCAGUUCGGACAUUUGGAACAGUUAGCAGGAUAAAGUCCAGCGAACGAAGAGAGUACCCACCACAUUUCUGAACAAUAAAAAUGCCCAAAUAAAAAGGUAGUAAACCCAAAAUUGCUUUAUAAAUAAAAGUAUACCAGUGACUGAGCCAACGAGUCACUAGAGAAGGCCAGCCAACCCUGGUAUACAAAGUGCAGUGGUGCGUAAGGGUUUUGCAGUUUAAAAUAAAUCUCAAAGUGCCAUGGUAAAGGGUGUCAAUUAAUAUCAAACACUGAGCGGAAGCAUUCAUAUAUAAAAUAUCCCCAUAGUCUAGUAAAGGCAUGAAUGUAGCUGAUACUAGCCCCCUGGCUUCAAAAGAAAAACAGGCCUUAUUCCUAAAAUAAAAUCACAAUUUCAGCAUACCUUUUUUGUAAGAUGUUGAAUAUGCAAUUUAAAAGAGAGGCUGUCAUCAAUUAAAAUUCCAAGAUAUUUAUGAGGUUACAACCUCAAUCUCCUUGCCCUGAUAGGUAGUAAUAGGUGAAAGGUUCAGAGGUCUAUUUCUUGCUUUAGAAAACACCAUUAGUUUAGUUUUGUCAGUAUUGAGGAUAAGCUUCAAUUGACACAAGGUAUGUUGAACAGUAUAAAAAGCAGUUUGCAAGUUCUGGAAAGCUUUUGUAAGAGACGAGGCACAACAGUAAAUAACAGUAUCAUCAGCAUAAAAAUGAAGUUGUGCAUUUUGGACAUUUUUGUCUAAAUCAUUUAUAUAAAUAGUGAAUAAGAGAGGAUCAAGUACAUAGCCUUGGGGCACACCAUUAAAGACAGACAAUUUAACAGACAUAAGCCCAUCAAAUUGAGUGCACUGAGUUCUAUCAGACAUAUAGUUGGCAAGCCAUGCAACUGCAUGCUCUGAAAGACCUACACUCGACAAUCUCUGCCUUAGUAUAGCAUGAUCAACUGUACCAAAAGCCUUAGAGAGAUCAAUAAAAAGUGAGACACAGUGCUGUUUUUUGUCAAGGGCUUAAGUGAUAUCAUUUAAAACCUUAAUGGCUGCUGUAAUUGUGCUAUGCUUCUUCCUGAAGCCAGAUUGGUACAUUUGAUAAAAUAGAGUUAGUAAAUAAAAACGAUUUUAGCUGUUCACUCACAAGGGUUUCAAGUAUUUUCACCAGGGGUGACAGCUUUGAGAUUGGCCUAUAAUUAUUUAAAAGAGUUGGAUCUCCCCCUUUUAAAAGUGGUAGGACAAAUGCUGAUUUCCAGAUUUUCGAAAUUUCAUUACAUACCAGGGUUAGAUUGAACAGAUAUGUAAGUGGUUCAGCUAUGAAAUCAGCUGCCAGAUUUAAAAAGCAGGGAUCCAGAAGAUCAGGACCUGCAGGCUUUCUCUGAUCUAAGGAUUUCAGGGCUUUAUGUACCACCUUUACUGAGAGUAGCAAAAAGCUAAAGGUUUGACCAGCUCUCACUGGUUCAUCCACACAGGGUUGUACAGAGACAGAGAAUCACUGAAUCAAACAGCCUACCAGAUGAUAAAAGUGCUCAUUCAGUUUUGUCAUAUACAGCAACAGAGUCCUUCAAAACACAUGACGAUAAUUAAUUAACAUUACUGUUACCAGACAUAGACUUAAUAGCCUUCCGAAACUCAUGUUUUGUACUUUGGUCUUUUGGAUCCCCGAAUUGUACAUUAUGUUCUGACACAAAGGUGUCGUUUUUGACUCACUGGUUAGUUAAUCCAAGGUUUAUUCUGGAAACCAAGACAACCAGACACCUUUUGAAAUCAGAAAAUCAAAUCCUAGCAUUGUUACUUACCUGUUGCAUGAGCUUCCACAAGCCAGGCUCUGCAGUACGUUACGAUGUGGAGAAGGGUUUCUAGUACAGGGGGACUGGUGGGGAGGCAUUAUAAAAGAUGACCCCUGCAUUCAGGAUACACAUGCUGUUUAUUGUCAACGUUUUGAUUGUCGUGUCUUGAAAAAGGUCACCGACCGAAACGUGGACGGUAAAAUGUCACAUGCAGAGGUAAUGGUGUAUGGGGGUUAACUUUAAUAUGUUUCGACAUGUUUACCAGAACGUGACGUAAGGGAGAGAGGAAAGGUCCCUGGUGUGUUCCCUCUAGCGUGGAAACUCACGUCACCUGUACCAAGUCCCCACCCCCCUUCAAUCCUUCAUCACAUUGGGAUGUCCUUAGGCGAUGUGAAAUAGGGCCACUGGUUGCGGGGAACGUUUAUUUUAUUCCCUUGCCUUACCAUCAAUCAGAAUGUAUCGCCUGUGAUGUAUAAUUUGUCUGUUUCCCUCCACGUUCAGCUUGUCUGCGAGACACAGACAAGUGGAAUAAAGAAAAGAGAAGUCUGAGAAGCAGAUAGAUGAGUGAGGAGGUCAGAUAGAUGAGUGAGGAGGUCAGAUAGAUGAGUGAGGAGGUCAGAUAGAUGACUGAGGAGGUCAGAUAGAUGACUGAGGAGGUCAGAUAGAUGACUGAGGAGGUCAGAUAGAUGACUGAGGAGGUCAGAUAGAUGACUGAGGAGGUCAGAUAGAUGACUGAGGAGGUCAGAUAGAUGACUGAGAAGGUCAGAUAGAUGACUGAGGAGGUCAGAUAGAUGACUGAGGAGGUCAGAUAGAUGACUGAGGAGGUCAGAUAGAUGACUGAGGAGGUCAGAUAGAUGACUGAGGAGGUCAGAUAGAUGACUGAGGACUCAGAUAGAUGACUGAGGAGUCAGACUGAGUGGAUGAGUAUUACUGGUCUCUGACUGAUUCAGUCUUUAAUGAUCACAGUUCACGUCUAUGCUUUCAGAGAAUCUAACAGACCGUGGAAGAAGUGGCGGGUAGAUAUUCAAUAUAUCAGUCAAAGCAAGGCCGUACUGUAGCUUCCAUGGCGACGAAUUAGUUGAUAAAAAAACGCUCGCAGGAACAUUUCAGCGUUAUCUACUCACUAUGCUGAAAGUUCAGUCUCCACAUUUACACAACACCACACCACUACUCUCAGGUAUUAAACAGAAGUCUCUCGGUCAUGAUGUACUUCGUAGUGGGAGCGAUUCAGAUUUGAAUUUAAUACAAGACAGAACAUGAGAAAAAGAUGUGAGGUUACGAGAGCAUGUUCCUGAACUUUGAUCUAUCCCUUUGAUGAAUUGAUUCCACUCUAUUAUCAUGUGUAAGGAGUGAUAACAUUACCAUAGGACUUGUGUUACUGCUCUACUGUACUUUAUACUAUUGUUGAGAGAUGAGCUCGUCUGUUGUAUGCCUGUAUUUUCCACCCCCAGUGGUGGAAUGGCUGUAUUUGUUUGUAUUCUGUACCUGUCUUGUGUGGGUUUUAUACUGUGUCUGUGUAUCAAUAGCCUAUAUACUUCUGGUUUAGUUCUAAUUGGACACACACAUACACACAUACAGUUGUGUUUAGCUAACCUUGUGGGGACACACAAUUGAUUCCCAUUCAAAAUCCUAUUUUCUCUAACCCCUUACUCUAAACUGAACCCUAAAUCUAACCCUUACCCUAACCUGAAAACCCAACUCCUAAUUCUAACCUUAACCCUAAACCCCUAAAAAUGCCUUUUUCCUUAUGGGGACUAGCAAAAUGUCCCUAGUUGGUCAAUUUUUUUCUUAGUUUACUAUUCUUGUGAGGACCCCUGGUUAAACUCAUACACACACACACAUUCUUGUAUAACUAACCAUGUGGCGACACACAAUUCAGCCCCAUUCAAAAUCAUAUGUUCCCUAAACCCCUAACUUUACCCUAAUCCCAAAACCUAGCCCUAAAACUAAACCUAGCUCCUAACCCUAAUUCUAAACUUAACCCUAAACCCCCGAGAAAUAGCAUUUGACCUUGUGGGGACUAACAAAAUAUCGCCAGUUGUUCAAAUGUCCACUUGUUUACUAUUCUUGUGGGGACCAGAUAAGUGAACACGUCCAGGUGGUGGAGUUUCCUUUGUAAAUGACUGGAUCCGGCUGAGAGGAUACAUAUGAUUAAACUGACGUGUGGGUAUCUGAAUGUCUAUAGUGUAUCAUCGUGCCAUUAUUAUAGCUAAGAGAAAUGAUUUAAUACAGAUGCUUCAUGUGUGUGUUGACUUUG